AUGGGGGGUAAGGAGGAGCACAAGGCAGUAGGGACGCUACGACAGGAUUUCUUCUGCCUCAUGACCAGACUGGGCCGUGGCUUCUGGAGAGCUGUGGGAGAGGUGGUGGCAUCCAAUGCUGCCAUGGACUUCCUGAGCUCCACCAGAUCCAACCCGGUGUACGACUUUGACUCAGAGCGCGUGGACAGCGCCAUAGUGAUGUUACAGCAGUUCUGGGAUCAGACUCUGCUCUCAGUACAGGCCAGAGAGUACCAAAGUGCUCGUCACAGCUUGGGCAAGCUAUUCCAUUCCUUGCAGGACUUCUACAGCCACAGUAACUGGGUGGAGAUGGGCCAGCACACUGUUUACCUUCACUUGCUGCAGCCAGAGGAGCCUGCUGUCCCUGUGGCUGCAGAAGACAUUUCUACCUGUAUGGAGUGUUUCAGUGUCACCUGUCGAAACAACCUCCUGCCAAGACCAACAGCCACACAGCAAGGUUCCCAGCUGCUCACCACCGGUUACUUCAGCACCUUCCCUCCAAAACCUGAGGGCAAAUGUAGUCAUGGAGGUAUUCUGGACAGUAGCCGCUACAUGGGGGCUAAAGGGGGCAUCAACAAGGACAGCACCUCACCUUUCUUCUCCCCUCACCAUUACCUCCAUAUGGAAGCUGCAACUUUGGCUACAGAAGCCACCCUGAGUGUACUGAGAGACCUCAGAGACUCUGUGGGCCACAAAACCUUCCUCAAGCUCUUCAGUGUGAAACAUGUCCCUGCACUGGUAUUUGUCAUGGACACUACAGGCAGCAUGUUUGAGGAGAUCACCGCUGCCCGCUUCCGGGCGUACUCCAUCAUCCAGAGCCGACCCAACAGCUCUGGGCAGCCCGGCACCUUUCUGCUUGUACCCUUCCAUGACCCAG